AUGGAUCAAUAUCAAUCACAAGACUGGGUGCAAUCACUCCACCAAUUUGAACACAUUAUUGCAACCAAUAGCGAGUCAUUACAAGUAGAAUCAAUAAUAAAACUAUCCCGCCUGUCGAACCGCAUUCCGGUGAGCAUAUUAGUAUCCACUGUCCCAAUCCUAGUAGACCUUCUUGACACAUCCACAGCUAAUUCAGUGUUAAAAGCCUCUGUCUAUUGUUUAAAAUGUAUAUCUUGUCAAGGAGAUGGGAAACUCGCCGUAACGAUAGGUCAAUCCAGAGCCAUUCAUCGCAUAUUAUGCUUGUUGCCCCAGUCGGAACUCGCUUUACAAAGAGUGCUUCUUAAAUGUAUUAGAAAUAUUGUAGCCUUUGACGGGCCUAAUCGGGUUAAUCUUGUAAGAAUCGGUGGAUUAAAAGUUGUUGUCGAUAUGUUGAAUUCGGAUACUUGCCCGGAUGAUAGUUUAAGACGUUUGUUACUAGAUAUUUUGAGCGCCCUUGCUCUUUUACGAGAAGUUAGGAGAUCGGUUUUUAAUCUCCGCGCGGUUGGUUUACUCGUCGAAGCGUGUAAAGUCGGGAAAAUGGUUUCUCGGGCUCGGGCCGGUCAGGCGAUCGGGUUGCUCGGGUUGGUUAAAAGAGCAAGGCGUGAGCUUGUUAACUCGGGUGCGAUAGAAGCUCUUGUUGAUUUGCUUCGAAACGGUGAUGUUUCGACCAGAUUAGUAGCGGGGAAUGCGUUAGGGGUAAUAUCGUCACAUGUUGAUUAUAUUCGGCCCGUUGCGGAACAUGGGGUUAUUCCGUUAUAUGCUGAGCUUCUUCGGGAACAAGAGCCGUUGGGUAAAGAGAUUGCCGAGGAUGUUUUUUGUAUUUUAGCUGUUACCGAUGAUAAUGCUGUUGCAAUCGUUGAACAUUUGGUGACGAUUAUGCGAGGUAAUGAUAACGAAAGUGUAGGCGCAGCUGCUGAUGUCGUGUGGGACCUAUCAAGUUAUAAACACGUAUUACCGGUUUUUCAUAGCUUUGGUGUGAUAUCUCUUUUGGUCGAGCUUUUGAGAAGGAGUGAUGAUAGUAACGUUAAGGAAAAAGUUUGCGGGGCAAUCGGUCAGUUGAGUUACAACGACGCUGAACGGGUUGUGAUCGCUGAUUUGGGAGGAAUUUCGGUUUUGAUUAGCAUGUUAGAAGAUGAGUCGGAGGAAGUUAAAGAUAAUGCUGCUCAAGCGCUUGUUUGUUUAUACGAGGACCCGUUGUUGUGUGAUCGAAUGUCAGGUGCGCUGAGUCAUCCUGUGUUCCUGAGGGUGCGGGAGCGGAUGGUGCAGACACGCGCUGCGGAGUUACGGCUGGCUGAAUCGGUUAGACAGAUGACUGUCGAUGAGCUUACUUGGAAUCCUGCUCUGGGGUAA